AGAAGAAUUUAAACCUAACCCGGAAGCAAAACGGAACUGUAGCUGCAGUCAGUAGCCACAUGUUUCCUUAGUGUGAUUGUACUCAUGAUGUGUAUUAUUAUUGGCUGAGGAGAUAAAAACAGCGAAAUGAGAAGAGGAAACGUCCUGUAGCUAAAUAAAGGCAAAGAUGCUGAGUGAUUCUGAGGCUGCGGAGCUGCUCUCCUUCCUGACCCCCAGUACACGUCCUGACGUGAAGGGUCAGGCCACAGAGUACCUCCUGGGGCUAUCUGGGCACAGAUGCCUGUCUUUCUUUCUUUCUUUCUUUGUGCCUUUCUUUAGGGAUGGCUGUCGCUUCCUCCGCUCUAAACCUGACUUACUUGCGGCCCUGUUUGCGCUGACGUCUGACCCCUCCAUUGCAGUAGUGAAGGACAGUUAUCACAUCUUCAUCAACCUCUCAGCUGAUGAGACUCUGCACCAGGUUUUGCUGACGGACGUAAAAAUUCUUCCAGUGUUGCUAAAGAGCCUCAUGGAUCCAGAAUAUUUGUUUUCAGAUCAGAUCUGCACCAUCCUGUCCAACAUGACACGACAUGAGAAAACCUGCAAGAGUGUGUUCAAGGAGCUGCAGGAGGACAUUGGUCUUGCUAAGCUGGUGGAGAUCUUCUGCACUGAAGGCUACAACAAAAAGGCAAAGCUCCACUAUCUGGGUCCUUUGCUGUCUAACCUGACACAGCUGCCCGAGGCCAGAAACUACAUUUUGGACAAGGACAGGUGUGUUGUCCAGCGGUUGUUGCCUUUCACUCAGUACGAGGCCUCAGCUGUGAGGAGGGGUGGAGUAAUAGGCACGCUGCGCAACUGUUGCUUCGAUUAUGUCCAUCAUGAGUGGCUGCUAAGCGACGCUGUGGACAUCCUGCCCUUCCUCCUGCUCCCACUGGCCGGUCCAGAGGAGCUCUCUGAGGAAGAAAAUGAAGGUCUGCCUGUGGACCUGCAGUACCUCCCAGAGGACAAGAAGAGAGAAGAAGACCCUGAUAUCAGAAAGAUGCUCCUGGAAACACUCUUAUUGCUCACUGCGACUAAAGCUGGUCGACAAGUACUAAAGGAGAAGAAUGUUUAUCCGGUCAUACGGGAGCUUCACCGCUGGGAGAAGGACGUCCACGUUGCAGCAGCCUGUGAGAAACUGGUCCAGGUCCUGAUAGGAGAUGAACCAGAGCAGGGAAUGGAGAACCUGAUGGAGGUGGAGAUUCCAGAGGACGUGGAGCAGAAGCUCCAGGAAGCAGACAUCAAAGAACAGCAUCAGCUGGAGGAGGAGAGGAGGAAACAGGAGGAGGAGGAGAGGAAAAGCAGUGAUGCAGAACGGACUGACAGAGAACAGGAGAGUGGGCUCAUCAAAUAAAACCUGUGUCCACUGUAGGUGGAGGAAUCGAACCUAUAGCAGCCAAAAAAGCAGCCUUUUGUCCGCAGUGAGACGAGCUGUAAUGGAUCAGGUUCUUUAACUUCUGCGUUCUGGUGUUAUUAAACGUUUGGCCACAAGGUGGCGCCCCAA